AUGAACUCCUUCAUCUGUGAUAACUCCAUAAUUAGGCGCCUAUCUGACAUCAAAAGAGUGAUGACCCCCCUCUUGUUACAGAAGCUGGUGGUGGGGGGACCAAACCAGCGGAACUGGAGGGGUAUACUGAUUGCGUUGCUAGUGAUCGUCGCGGUGCUGGCGCUGAUCGUGACCUCCGUGGUGCUACUGACGCCGCCAGACGAAGGCCCCAGGGUCAGGGGCAGACGGCUGAGGAUCCAGGACCUGCUCACUGACGAGUUAGUGCCUGUACGAUGGAACGGGACGUGGAUAUCAGGAGAUGAAUAUGUGUAUAGAGAUAUAUGGGGUGGUAUCAGUAUAAUGUUCGCAGCAAAUCAAACUUCCAAAACACUUAUGCCAAACACUACUUUUAGAGUAUUAGAACCAGCAUCCUUCACACUAUCCGCCGAUCGUCGAUUCCUUUUACUUGCUCAGAACCUCCGAAAACUGCACCGGCACUCUUAUCUCGCACGAUAUACUGUCUACGACAUAUUUACCACAGAGUCGUAUCCACUCACGCCCCUGCCGAAUGAAGUUGGGGGUGGGGUGAUCAGCGAGGGUCCCUUUCUGCUUCUAGCCAUGUGGACCCCUAAAGGGCACGGGCUAAUUACCGUCCGGGACAACGACAUCUACUACAGACCAGCACCUCGUUCUUCCACUGGCUACCGUGUGACGGACACUGGGAUUCCGGGAACCAUAUACAACGGCGUACCCGACUGGCUUUAUGAAGAGGAAAUUUUAAAAUCGCGCACAGCCCUAUGGAUGUCAGCGGAUGGUCACAUGGUCCUUUACGCAACAUUCAAUGACAGCCUUGUCCAUGAGCAGAGAUUUCCAUGGUACGGGGAUGCUUUGGAUACUGAUGAUCCAUCAAAGACAUAUCCAGAAAUAAGGAGUGUGAGGUACCCCAAGCCAGGAACUAACAACCCUACUGUGAAACUUACGGUUGCUGAUAUAGCAGAUCCAAAACACAUUCGGACGAGACACCUCUCUCCACCGAAAGUAAUACUUGACGAGAGGGACUAUUAUUUCACAAGCGCGCAGUGGGUCUCUCUAACGGAGGUGUGCGUUGUUUGGCUGACAAGAGUACAGAAUCUAUCCGUCGUAUCUGUUUGCAAAAGCCCUAUGUGGUACUGCCAAGAGGUGUACAGGAUAUCGUCGGGGACCGACAGCUGGGUGGAGUCGGCACCGGCGCCGCUGUGGUCCGCUGGUGGGGGGGCGCUGGUCACCCUCGCCCCGUUGAGGGACGGGCCGGCGGGCCUGUUCCGGCACGUGGUCAGGACGGAGCACAACGCGCACGGGCCCCGGGCACUGCCACUGACGCACGGCAGCUUCGACGUAGUCCGCUUAUUAGCCUGGGAUCACUCCAAUCAACACAUAUACUACCUUGGAAUACCUGAGGGUAAGCCAGGGCAGCAGCACCUUUACAGGGUCUCAGCGGAGCCGCCAAGGCCCGGUACACCGCAAAAGUUGCCGUAUUGCGUUACUUGUAAUUCACAGCCGUCACCGUCAAUUAACCUGGAGUAUUACGGCAACCUCGCCUCAUCUGGAGAUAGCACAUGGGACAAUGAAUGGGACGAAGAACUACCAGCUACCUCACCAACAAUUACAAAGAAAAAGAAAAGACGAUAUCCAGGUGACGACUUGUCUGCGGACACUACUCCGUAUGGUCUACCACAAAACCUUCCAUGCCUGUACUACGAAGCUCAUUUCAGCCCAACGUCAGCAUAUUUCGUAUUAGAGUGCCUUGGACCUGGGGUGCCUACGUCAAGCUUGCACAAAAUCUCUUUACCAGAGCCCAGAUUGCUUAUGCAUCUUGAGAAUAAUACUGCAGUUAAGGAGCGGCUCUCGACAAUAGCAUUGCCAACGCCUAGAACGUUCUCAGUACAGCUGUCAAGUGGACAUGCAGCCAGAGUCAGAUUAUUGCUGCCUCCAGGUCUCAGGGAAGACGAAGUUACCAAAUAUCCCCUGGUCCUUAAAGUCCACGGAGCACCAGGAACUCAGCUGGUCACAGAGGAGUGGUCUUUGGACUGGGGCUCGUUAGCAGCCGGUGCUGGGGCGGUUCUCGCCAUGGUGGACGCCCGGGGUGCCAGUGGAAGGGGGCUGGGUGCCCACCACACGCUUCACAGGCGCUUGGGCACGGUGGAGCUAGCGGACCAACUGGAAGUAGCGGAGUAUCUCCGCGACUCUCUUCAUUUCAUCGACGCCCGACGAGUGGCGGUUUGGGGUCAGGCACACGGCGGAUUCCUAGCGACACUAGCCCUUGCUAGUCCCUUAAAUGUCUUCCAUUGCGGUGUCGUUCUCACGCCCAUCGUUCGCUGGCGGUAUUACGCGUCGGCGUAUGCGGAACGCUACAUGGGAUUCCCCAACGCGACGGGGAAUUACCGGGGCUACGCAGACGCGGACGUGACGAAGCAGGCCUCCGCGCUCCACGAGAAGAUGCUUCUAUUAAUCCACGGCACGGCUGACGACAUCGUCCACAUCCAGCAGACUAUGGCCCUCGCCCGGUCGCUGUCCGAGCAGGGUGGCAUGUUCAGGCAGCAAAUCUAUCCGGACGAAGAUCACAGCUUGUGUGGCGUCAGGCGUCACCUCUACCGAACUAUGUCGUCUUUCCUAGACGACUGUUUCAGGAAGCAAGUGCCGCCCGAGACGAAAGCGGGCCUGAGAAAUGGCGGCAACCUCGAC